GAACGGAUUGCACGGUUAGAGAAAAAUAAAAGCUUGAUGUCUGGUAAAGAGAAGAGGGCCCAAGAAAGAAUUGCAGAGUUGUCUGCUGAAUUAAAAAAGAAAGAAGGUGGGGGAUUAGCGGAGUAUGUCAAGCUGAAGGCAGCAUAUGCUGAUUUGGAACAUGGUAAACAAAGUGCAGAGGAGGAGAUAAAAAUAUUGAGGAAAAGUGUAGCUGACCUCAAAAACCAAGCAUCUUCGCGGCUGAAAUGUGAAGUUGAAUCACAGAAAAAUUUAGAUGAUUGUAAAUUUCAGUGUCAUCAGUGGUCUCUGAAACUUGAGGAAAAAAACAGGGAGUGUCUUGCUAGUGAGGUUAAGUUGAAAGAUCUUACUUCUAGUAAUAAUUUUGUAGUUUAUGAGCUUAAUGAGUACAAGAAGGCAGCCGAUGUACUUAAAGAGAGGAUUUCUCAACUCGAAGAAGACUUGAAGGAUAUCUUCGAAACAGAAAAGCAGGCCCAACAAAAAAUCAUCCACUUAUGUGAGGAAUUAAAGAAGGCUGGUGAAGAUACAAAAGUGUGGAAGGAAAUAUGCGAGGAGAUGAAGAAAGAAUCCGAAGCUUAUAAAUGCAAGCGUGGUGAUCUGUGUCUGAACCUUGAGGAGAACAAAAGGAAGAGUGGUAAUUAUGAUGUUAUCUACGAAAGAGAGACUGUAGUACAACAAAGCAUUACUCAAUUCGAGGAAACACGAAUUUUGGAAAGAGAAAACCCAGAUCUGAUCAAGACAUAUACUUCAGGUUCGGAUUAUUUGCAGUCUGAAGUUUCUCACAAGGACGAAGAGAAUAAGGACAACUCUCAUAUGGCUGUCACAGGCGUAUCUUCAGUCACCAUGAUGUGUAGUACGUUAAUAAAUGUUGAAAGUGAGAAGAAUAUACCUAUAGAGAUCGAACUUGAUGGCAUCAUCGACAUCAGUGACAGCGAAGAUGAAUUGCCACCAUCAGAAAGAAGAUUUAAUAGGCCUUUACCAGGUCAGAGGUGUGAUGAAAAUUGGAGCAGUCUUAAGGAGGAUUUCCCACUCAGUUCGACAAGGAAGCGAAAGUGGGUUUCAGCCACUGGAUCAAGUGAACAGGGGAUUGAGGAAGAUAUUAUAAUGAAGAAAUUUAAUGCACAUAAAGAUGAAAAUCCCAAGCGCUUGUGCUCACGGAUUCCUAAUGCAUCUUUUGGAGGUCAACAUUUUGAAGGGGAAACACUUGACCAUUUGCAAACGAGUGGAAGUUUACAUGAGAAGGUAGGGAACACUUUUAUGGGUGACACAGAGAAUGUGCUGGAAGAUGUUCGUUCAAAUGGCGAAAGUGAGAAUUUUGGUGCACAUAUGGUGAAAGGCGAUUUACAUUUGGAUGAUAAUCAAAUUAAACUUAUCCAAGGUAAUCAAUCGAAUUGGAAAUUUGUGGCGGACAUGCUUUCUUCUUUCGAAGAGGAUCCUGAGCUUUCUAUGAAAGCUGUUUGCGCCCUUUGUCGACAGCAAACAUUGCAGGAAAAAUCUGAGCAAGAUCCACUGGGUUACAAUGCGAAGCGUGGGUUUGGUGCUUUUUAUGUAAUCAGGGGAACUGAAAUAGCUGCUUUUCUCAUGGAUGGAGAUCAAGAGGACGGCCUAAAGAAGUCCAUUGAGGAGUUGAAUCUGUGGGAUCUUAAAGCCCUUGAAGAAUGCAAGAUGUUAGCUAGAAUCCAUUCAAAUCAGUUAUUCACAAUAUACAAAGCUAAAGAAGAUCCUUUCUUCCUUCCUAGUUCAGCAAAUUAGUUAUGUUGAAACAUCGGGUAAUACAACCGAAUUACAAUGUACAUCCUUCGAAUGCUACAAGACAAUUCAGUACUCCAUUCAAGUGACUUUGUAAUAUAUGUAUAAAUUCGUGAUUGCACGCUGAUAAUUCUCUCCAAU